GUCAAUGUCAAUACUCAAAACCUAAUUGUCGUUUUUCUUUAUUGAAUUCCAUUCCCUCCUUUUAUUAUGAGUAGUUCAAAUUAUCUUUCAAUAUCUGAUAUUUUAGUAACAAAUGAGAGAGUUCCAUGUAAAUUUUUGCUCGAUUUACCUAAAAUGGGUUUUCUGGAUCCCUCUGCUACAGAAAAUGAUCUAAAAGCUGGAACCAAUAUAGAAAUACCUUUAUGGCUUGCUGAAUCACUGUAUACCCGAAGACCUCCUUUAGUGAGUGUGGAUCUACCUAAAAUAUAUAAAGAAACUUAUAGAGAAAUACUGAAUGCAGAUGCAUGUACAGUUGAUAUGCAUAAAUUGGGACAACAUUUUUAUGAACUCGGUUGUUAUAUUGCAAAACAUGAUAUCAAAAGUGAAGUUUCUGCCACACUUUUAAAUACAUUUAGACAAAGAUUCAAAAUGAUAUUAUCUGCAAGUGUAUCUACUGAUUCUAUAAAUUCUGUACAACCAUUAUCAGCGAGUGAACGUGAAAGAACAAAAUCUGCUGUUGUUACAGAAAGGGCUCUUUCUAGUUGGCUUAAAAUAGGCGACUGCCCCCUAACAACAGCUAGUAUGGUAGCAAACCACAGAAAAAGGAAGAGAGCGGAAAUGGAAUUGUCGUAGAAAGUAUUAUUUUAAUGAAGUAUGGAUAGUUUAUUAUAAGAUAGAAAAAAUAUAUAUAAUCAGUUA